UGUAUUUAUUGGUGGAGCGGCGCAGUGUGGUAGAGUGUGGAGGACGCCGUGCAUUGUGGCUGUGUAGCUGUUUAGCUUGCGAGGAUGGGAGUCCCCGCAUUUUUUCGUUGGUUAUCGAGGAAAUACGCCUCUGUAAUCAUCGAGUGCCAUGAGGAGAGGCAAUACAACACUGACGAUGGGAAACUCAUACCCCAGGACACUUCAAAGCCCAAUCCCAAUGGCAUUGAAUUUGACAACCUUUACCUUGAUAUGAAUGGCAUUAUCCAUCCGUGCACCCAUCCAGAGGACAGACCUGCUCCAAAGAAUGAAGAUGAGAUGAUGGAGGCAAUAUUUGAGUGCAUCGACCGUCUCUUUGCCAUCGUUCGUCCACGAAAGAUCUUGUACAUGGCCAUUGAUGGCGUGGCUCCCCGCGCCAAGAUGAACCAGCAGAGGUCUCGGAGGUUCAGAGCUUCCAAGGAGGCUGCAGAAAAGAAAGCAGAAGUAGCUCGUAUAAGACAAGAAAUGCUUGAGAAAGGCUUUAAAGUCCCUCCUGAGAAGCCCAAAGAGUCACAUUUUGACUCAAACUGCAUCACUCCUGGGACUCCCUUCAUGGACAGGCUCUCUAAGUGUCUCCAUUACUAUAUUCAUGACCGUCUCAACAAUGAUCCAGGCUGGAGGGGAAUAAAGGUGAUCCUCUCUGAUGCCAAUGUGCCUGGUGAGGGAGAGCACAAGAUCAUGGACUUCAUCCGCAAGCAGCGAGCACAGCCAGACCAUGACCCAGACACCCAGCAUGUGUUGUGUGGCGCUGACGCUGACCUCAUCAUGCUGGGCCUGGCUACCCACGAGGUCAACUUCACCAUCAUCAGGGAGGAGUUCAAACCAAACAAACCCAAACCAUGUGAUAUCUGUGGCCAACUUGGCCAUGAGAUGAAGGAGUGUGUUGGUGUAGCAGCCGAUGGUGAAGGUGAGCUAGAGAAGGUGUUUGAAGAGACAAAGUACAUCUUUGUAAGACUUAAUGUAUUGCGAGAAUAUUUGGAGAGGGAGCUACAGAUGCCAAAUCUUCCCUUUAAGUACGACUUUGAUCGUGCAAUUGACGACUGGGUGUUCAUGUGUUUCUUUGUGGGCAAUGACUUCUUGCCUCACUUACCUUCCCUUGAGAUCCGAGAAAAUGCAAUUGAUCGACUGGUUAGACUCUACAAAGACUGCUGCUAUAAAACAGGUGGUUGGCUGACAGACAGUGGUAAGCCCAAUAUGAAGCGUGUCCAGAUGAUCCUGCAAAAUCUUGGUAAAGUGGAGGAUGAGAUCUUCAGAGACAGGCAGAGAAGAGAACUAGAAUUUAGAGCCAGAGAUAAGGCAAAAAAGAGAAAUGAGAGAAUGGAAAAAGAAGCAGCAAAUAGAUUUAAGAAUGAAACUGGAAAAGGAGCAUUAGGCGUGAUGAAGGCUGGAGAAACUUCAGUAGCCCAUGGAGCCAAGGAUGCCAUCAUGGAGCAGCGGUACAAGAACAUGAACCGAGGCGGUGCAGGACGUGGUGUGAAGCGGUCCAUCGACAGUGUGGAGGAGGAGGAGGAGGAGGAAAUCCCUGAUGAAGUGAGACUGUAUGAGCCUGGAGCCAAAGACCGCUAUUAUGAAUCCAAGUUUGGGGUGUUGCCCAAUAACGUGAAGUUCCGGAAGAACGUUGCUGAUGAAUAUGCUCGAGGCUUGUGUUGGGUCCUCAAAUAUUACUACCAGGGAUGUGUGUCAUGGGACUGGUAUUUCCCUUUUCACUAUGCACCAUUUGCCUCUGACUUCACAAACUGUGCCAAUGCAAAUACAAAGUUCAAUCUGGGGACACCAUUCAAUCCCCUGGAGCAGCUGAUGGGUGUGUUCCCUGCUGGAAGUCGCUCCCAUGUGCCAGAACCCUGGGGUGAGUUGAUGUUGGAUCCAGAGUCUCUCAUCAUUGAUUUCUACCCUGAAGAUUUCAAGAUUGAUUUGAAUGGGAAGAAGUUUGCCUGGCAAGGUGUUGCUCUUCUUCCAUUUGUUGAUGAGAAGCGAUUAAAGAAUGCACUGGAUGAAGUCUAUGAUCAGCUGACUCCUGAAGAGAUUCGACGCAACAAGCGAGGCGAUGACUGCUUGUACGUCAGUGUGAAGCACCCGGCCUUCACCAGCCUCUCAGAUCUCUACCAGAUGGGCAUGGAUGAAGAGAAUGAGGUCCCAAUCAGUGGCAAGGAGUUCCAGGGAAUGCAAGGUGUGGUCUUGCUGGCAAAGAUUAAUGUGAAAACAAAAGGCAUCCUGAGGAGUCCGGUGCAAGGGAUGGACAACGUAACUGACAACCAUGUGGUCACAGUCAGGUACCGCAAUCCAAAGUACGCUGAAGACUUCAUAUUCCCUGCCAGAAAAUUGAGCAAUGCCACAGACCCUCCCCGUGUUCUCAAGCCAUCAGACCUCAAAGGAGAAGACUCAAGAAAUUACCGUCCAACUAUUGGUUUCAACCGGAACAUGCCCCGGGCACACCUUGAUUCCUCCGGCCAUCGAGCUCUGGGCCACCUCCUGCCGAACCUUCGAGGUGGAGGGCUGUACAGCCACAACGUGCCCCUCCUGAAAGGUGCCCGAGGAGGGCAAGGGCUUCUUGGUGCAAGUCCAGGUCUGCUUCCAACUCCACCAAGACCUGGAGGCUUCAUGGGCUCUGGGCUAGAUGAUGAAGGACCCCUCAUGGGUUCUGGAAUGACAGGUCAAAGACCUCCUCUAACACCAAGCUCAGGAGCAGGAGGCCUCUUAGGAUCAGGACCUGAAAUGCAAGGAUUUCCUGAAGACUAUGGAAAUGCUCCUGGUCACUACACCAACCGAGGCCGAGGAGGUGGUCGUCAAGGCCAGUAUGGGUCACAUGAGGGAAGAGAAAGCCAAUGGAGACCUGGUAGUGGUGGUAGUGGUGGUGGUGGAGGUGGAGGUGGAGGUGGUGGUGGUGGUGGUGGUGGUGGUGGUUCUGGUAGCAGAAGCCUCUUGGGAGCACCUCCAUCAUUCUCCUUCCCAAUGAUGAGCCAAUCUUCAAAUUAUCACAGCAACUCCAAUAGGAAUAGUCAGUAUUCAGGAAAUGGGGGAGGAUACAACCAAAACUACUCCAGCAGAACAAACUAUGACAACAGACCACAGGGAGGCUACAGCAGCAGCAACUACAGCAGAUCCAGUAACUACAGUAGCUCAAGCAGUUAUGGCUACAGCACUGGAAGCAGUAGCCAUCAUUCCAAUAACAAUCAUGGGUACAAUGCAAGUAAUAACUACAGCAGGAGCAAUACUCAAGGAGGAUAUGGCUCUAACUCAAACUGGAGAGGCCGAGGAGGAGGAGGAGGAGGAGGAGGUGGUAGCAGCAGCAGCAGCAGUGGGGGAUAUUAUACCUCAAGGAAUUAGUAUGUGUAGAUUGUGAACUGUUGAAAUAUGUGGUGUCAACUGCUGAUAAAUUGUUGCAUGUGUAUGGUGCAAUUUAUCAACAGUUCAUUUUGCAGAUGUCUGGAUAUCAAAGUUUAUUGCGAACUUUUAGCUAGCUUACAGUUCAAGUAGCCCUCAUUUAUUUGUAGAAUAGUAUCUUGGAUAAAUGUAGCAAUAGAAAAUGACUGAAAGGAAAUAAAAACAUGGCUGGCAGCAAACCAUCCCUAUUUCCACCAAAGUAUUCUGGACAGGAUACAUUGCUUUCAUAUUUGCUCCAUAAUAUAACAGAUUUGAAAUGAGCAAGGCAAAAAUUUUUCAGAAAAAUGGAAAAAGCAGCUAUACAAAUAGGAUUACUUUCAAGUACUUGGUUUAUCUCCCAUAUCUGUUCUUAUCACAACAAUGCAGUGUUUCACCAUCUUUAUAUAUAUAUAUAUAUAUAUAUAUAUAUAUAUAUAUAUAUAUAUAUAUAUAUAUAUAUAUAUAUAUAUAUAUACUUCAGGUACCUCAUAAUCACAAUAUGAAAUACGCAAGGUUGCUUUAUUAAAUUAGUAUCAUCGAUAAACAUUUGACUGAAUAACAAACCAAAUGGAAAACAUGAAUAACAAACCAAAUAGAAAACAUUACCAAGUAAAUUUAUAUGUUAAUAGGUGAUUUCCAGAAUUAGUAUUUUUUUGUAUAUACAUUGCUGAACACUACUUUGACCUUGCGGCUGCAAAUAAAUGAGGGAUAAGCUAGUGUUGAGAACUGGGAUAAUCCAAGAUUCAUAUGAGGCAGACAUUUGCAGGGUACUGAUGACUUUAUGUAAGAAAAUCUACUAAAUCUAUGUGAAGUCAAGAUAAGCUGUAAUGAGUGUGAAACUUGUAAAUGAAUGUACCAAUCAAUAGUUUGAUUCUUAGGAAAAUGGUCUUGGGCUGUAGUUAGUGCUGUGUGGGAGAUUAACAAAUAGUAAACACUGCCCAUGAAGCACUAAGUGGAGAGAGAGAGGGGAAGAAAUUUUUUUUUAAUACUUUUUCAGUGUAACAUUUUUUUUUUGUAAUCAUUUAGAAAUUCAGUUUUACGGUGAAAGUGAUGUAUUUCACCUUGUAGUUGUAUUGAUGUCAAUUAAAUCCUUGGGAAAUAAUAACAGACAUUUCUUUCAAAUUCAUAUGAUCAAUUUAAAGUUUUAGUCUUAAUCUAAAUGUUUCUUUCUGUUAAACUUGAAAUAUAUUUUAUCUUUAGAGAUGCUAGUCUUUUGAAUUUUACUUGGUAAGAAGGAAGAUUUUUGAAUUUCAUACACAAUAAAAAUGGAGCGUACAAAGGAUAGGGCAAAAAUUAAUUGUGCCACAUUGUGUAGUUGACUACCAGGGUAAAUGUCUCAUUAUUUUUUACAAUACAAGUAUAAAGCACCACUUUGAUUUAUAAUAAAUGUUAAGUUACUGGUACAAUGUUGCCCAAGUAUAUGCUUUAGUUUUGAUUAAAAAUUUCAAAUUGUGAAAGCUAUAUUUUGUAUGUGGGAUUUCCUGUUUAACCACAUUAUUUAUGGCUGAAUAUAAACUAAAAAAAAAAAAAAUUAGAAGAAAAUUGAAGGAAUAUAUCUUUACAAAGCUUAAAGUUUUUAAUACUAAAUAGGGAACACGUUCGAGUUACUGCACUACUGACCAAUAAGUGGGCUUAAUGGAUAACUGUCAGGGUAAAUUAUAAAAACCUGUCUUUGUGAAAACAAUCAGUACAAAGCUUUGUAAAUAUAAUAAAGUGUAUUCUUUCUGUCA